GUGGUUGUCUUGUCUGGUUGAUCCGGUAGCCGGUGGCCGAGCAACGGAGAUGGAAGAAGCAGCGAAACUGGAACACUUCAUGGAUUGGGCAACUACACUCGGAGUUUCAGAUUCUCCAGACGACAACCAGAACCCCAAUCAUCUUCAUUCGCCUUGUUGCUUGGGAAAAUCUCUCACCAUAUCCUAUUUCCCUAACGCCGGAGGGAGAGGAUUAUGUGCAGUGCGUGAUCUUCAAAAAGGUCAAUUGAUACUCAGAGUUCCAAAAUCAGCUCUCAUGACCUCCCAAACCCUAAUGAUGAAUGAUCAUAAGCUCUCCAUUUCAAUUUCUAAGUUUUCUCUGUCUUCGACUCAGAUAUUGACAGUGGCAUUGCUGAAUGAACUGGGAAAGGGAAAGUGUUCUUCGUGGUAUCCAUACUUGACACAAUUUCCUUCAAAUUAUGAUAUAUUAGCAAGUUUUGAUCAAUUUGAGAUUCAAGCUUUGCAAUUAGAUGAUGCUAUUUGGGCUGCGGAAAAGGCAUUGGAGAAGACGAAAAUGGAGUGGGAAAGUGCUACUGUGAUAAUGGAAGAACUUUUGUUUAAGCCACAUUACAUGAGCUUGAAGGCAUGGAUAUGGGCUUCUGGAUCUAUAUCUUCACGCACAAUGCAUGUUCCAUGGGAUGCUGCUGGUUGUUUUUGCCCGAUUGGGGAUUUUUUCAAUUAUGCUGCACCCGAGGAGGAACAAGUUGUGUCUGAAGAUUUCAGGGAUGAUGAUGGAGAGCAGAUGGAUGGUAUCUCAGCUAGGUUGACAGAUGGUGUGUUUGAAGAUGAAUAUGAUGCAUACUGCUUCUAUGCUAGAACAAACUACAAAAAAGGAGAUCAGGUUCUAUUAAGCUAUGGAACAUACACAAACUUAGAGCUUCUGGAACACUAUGGUUUCAUUCUAAAUUCAAAUCCAAAUGACAAGGCAUACAUCCCUUUACCUCCUGACCUACACUCUCUACAUUCAUGGCCAAAAGACUCCCUAUACAUUCACCAUAACGGGACCCCCUCUUUUGCCUUGUUGGCAUCAAUGCGAUUAUGGGCAACACCAACACAUUUACAAAAAUCAAUUCGAUACAUUGCGUAUUCUGGGUCUUCUAUUUCAACUGAAAAUGAGAUCAUUGUUAUGGAGUGGUUAGUAAAGAAAUGUAAUCAAGUGUUGAAGAAUUUAUCAACGUCUAUUGAGGAAGAUGAGUUAUUGUUGUCUGUUAUGGAAAAAGAGUUUGAGUCGGUAAUGGAGGUCAAGAAUGUGUUGUUGGGUUUGACUGGUGAGAGUUGUGAGUUUGUGAAAGUCAACGGUUUAGUGGGUGAUGGAAUUGGUGGUGAGAUGGGUUUAACCAAAAAGACAAAAAGGUCCCUGGAGAAAUGGAAGUUGGCGAUUUCGUGGAGGGUUAAGUAUAAAAGGAUGUUACAUGAUUGUAUUUUAUAUUGUACAAAGGUAAUAAAUGAUCUUUCAGAAUAACAAUGUAUACAGAGGUGUUAUAUUAAUUCUGUGAUAUUUUUUGUAGUUCGUUUUGGUUUAUAGGAAAUUAUAUUGAUGUUUUAAAAUUGUACAUUGUUCAUCGAAGGAAACUGGAUUUUUCCAUUGUGUUUGACUUGAA